AACAUCAAGAGCAGGAAAAUGGACUCAUUAGGGAGGCAGGCAGUCAUUACCACUCACACUGUACUUCCAGGGAGACACCGAUUAUAAGAAGAGAAACUCAGCGCUGGGGAAGAAGACAAAUAAAAAGAAGUGUCAAGAAUUGCCUUUGGAACUCUGAAGGCUGAAGGUUUAGAGCUCUUUUAUGGAGUCACUGUACCCCCAGGCCCAGGCUGACCACACUGACCUCAACGUUGGAAUCAUCCUGCAGCACUGGUCUCAGAAGGGCAAUGCUGAUCAUGUUUACAGGCCACCAGGAAACUGAACUGCCAUUGAGAGAAUCUCUAUGCUGAAUCAUUUUAUCUGCAUAACAAAAGUGAAUACCUGAUAAAUUGCAAGUUUGUGCCCUACAGCUGCACGACUGCCUGAAGUUACAUUUAGAGACUGAAAUCACUGCACCUUAAAAACAAAAGAUUGAGCUGCACUGUAUUCCUAAUGUUUCAUCAUUACUAACAGGAUAUUCCUCAUGAUAUUGCUGUCUGAUCUUUGACCAUCAGUCUGUGACUUGCCCCUUCUCUUUACAUGCAGCCGCUCUCUGUUCCCUGCCCCAAUGAACAUCUGCACUAGGCCCAAGCCUUGGAGUAAUUUACCUGAAGAGUGACACCAUUUAUUUUGAAACUACUAUGAGGAAACUGAAGCCCAGAGAGGUGAAGUGAGGUGCCCAAGGCCACACAGCAAGUUAGAGGCACAGCUAGUACCGUAGCUCAAGUCUCCUGACUCCCAGUCCAGUGCUCCUCCCAUUACUCCACGAGUCCUGUCUCUAAGCUUCCUGACAAAUGCUAGAACGGAAGAAACCCAAGACAGCUGAAAACCAGAAGGCAUCUGAGGAGAAUGAGAUUACUCAGCCGGGUGGAUCCAGCGCCAAGCCGGGCCUUCCCUGCCUGAACUUUGAAGCUGUUUUGUCUCCAGACCCAGCCCUCAUCCACUCAACACAUUCACUGACAAACUCUCACGCUCACACCGGGUCAUCUGAUUGUGACAUCAGUUGCAAGGGGAUGACCGAGCGCAUUCACAGCAUCAACCUUCACAACUUCAGCAAUUCCGUGCUCGAGACCCUCAACGAGCAGCGCAACCGUGGCCACUUCUGUGACGUAACGGUGCGCAUCCACGGGAGCAUGCUGCGCGCACACCGCUGCGUGCUGGCAGCCGGCAGCCCUUUCUUCCAGGACAAACUGCUGCUUGGCUACAGCGACAUCGAGAUCCCGUCAGUGGUGUCAGUGCAGUCAGUGCAAAAGCUCAUUGACUUCAUGUACAGCGGCGUGCUACGGGUCUCGCAGUCGGAAGCUCUGCAGAUCCUCACGGCCGCCAGCAUCCUGCAGAUCAAAACAGUCAUCGACGAGUGCACGCGCAUCGUGUCACAGAACGUGGGCGAUGUGUUCCCGGGGAUCCAAGACUCGGGCCAGGACACGCCGCGGGGAACUCCCGAGUCAGGCACGUCAGGGCAAAGCAGCGACACGGAGUCGGGCUACCUGCAGAGCCACCCACAGCACAGCGUGGACAGGAUCUACUCGGCACUCUACGCUUGCUCCAUGCAGAAUGGCAGCGGGGAGCGCUCUUUUUACAGCGGUGCAGUGGUCAGCCACCACGAGACUGCACUCGGCCUGCCCCGCGACCACCACAUGGAAGACCCCAGCUGGAUCACCCGCAUCCAUGAGCGCUCGCAGCAGAUGGAGCGCUACCUGUCCACCACCCCCGAGACCACGCAUUGCCGCAAGCAGCCCCGGCCUGUGCGCAUCCAGACCCUAGUGGGCAACAUCCACAUAAAGCAGGAGAUGGAGGACGAUUACGACUACUACGGGCAGCAAAGGGUGCAGAUCCUGGAGCGCAACGAAUCCGAGGAGUGCACGGAAGACACAGACCAGGCAGAGGGCACCGAGAGUGAGCCCAAAGGUGAAAGCUUCGACUCGGGCGUCAGCUCCUCCAUAGGCACCGAGCCUGACUCGGUGGAGCAGCAGUUUGGGCCUGGGGCGGCGCGGGACGGCCAGGCUGAACCCGCCCAACCUGAGCAGGCUACGGAAGCCCCUGCCGAGGGUGGUCCGCAGCCAAACCAGCUAGAAACAGGUGCUUCCUCCCCGGAGAGAAGCAAUGAAGUGGAGAUGGACAACACUGUUAUCACUGUCAGCAACAGCUCUGACAAGAGCGUCCUGCAACAGCCUUCGGUCAACACGUCCAUCGGGCAGCCAUUGCCAAGUACCCAGCUCUACUUACGCCAGACAGAAACCCUCACCAGCAACCUGAGGAUGCCUCUGACCUUGACCAGCAACACACAGGUCAUUGGCACAGCUGGCAACACCUACCUGCCAGCCCUCUUCACUACCCAGCCCGCGGGCAGUGGCCCCAAGCCUUUCCUCUUCAGCCUGCCACAGCCCUUGGCAGGCCAGCAGACCCAGUUUGUGACAGUGUCCCAGCCCGGCCUGUCGACCUUUACUGCACAGCUGCCAGCGCCACAGCCCCUGGCCUCAUCCGCAGGCCACAGCACAGCCAGUGGGCAAGGCGAAAAAAAGCCUUACGAGUGCACUCUCUGCAACAAGACUUUCACCGCCAAACAGAACUACGUCAAGCACAUGUUCGUACACACAGGUGAGAAGCCCCACCAAUGCAGCAUCUGUUGGCGCUCCUUCUCCUUAAAGGAUUACCUUAUCAAGCACAUGGUGACACACACAGGAGUGAGGGCAUACCAGUGUAGUAUCUGCAACAAGCGCUUCACCCAGAAGAGCUCCCUCAACGUGCACAUGCGCCUCCACAGGGGAGAGAAGUCCUACGAGUGCUACAUCUGCAAAAAGAAGUUCUCUCACAAGACCCUCCUGGAGCGACACGUGGCCCUGCACAGUGCCAGCAAUGGGACUCCCCCUGCAGGCACACCCCCAGGUGCCCGCGCUGGCCCCCCAGGUGUGGUGGCCUGCACGGAGGGGACCACUUACGUCUGCUCCGUCUGCCCAGCAAAGUUUGACCAAAUCGAGCAGUUCAACGACCACAUGAGGAUGCAUGUGUCUGACGGAUAAGUAGUAUCUUUCUCUCUUUCUUAUGAACAAAACAAAACAACAACAAAAAACAAACAAACAAAAAAGCUAUGGCACUAGAAUUUAAGAAAUGUUUUGGUUUCAUUUUUACUUUCUGUUUUUGUUUUUGUUUCGUUUCCUUUUGUACUACAUGAAGAACUGUUUUUUGCCUGCUGGUACAUUACAUUUCCGGAGGCUUGGGUGAAUAAUAGUUUUCCCAGUCUCCCUCGGAUGGUGGCCUUAAGGCCUGGUAGUGCUUCAGGAGGUCCACUGGUUGGAUCUCUAGCUACUGGCCUCUAAAUACAACCCUUCUUUACAAAAAAAUCUUUUAAAAAAAAAGUAAAAAAAAAAAAAAAAAUUUCCACUUGUGAAGAGCACUACAAAAAUUAUAUAACAAAAUCUAAAAGGCCUACUGUCUUUAAGUACACCGCUUGCAGUGUUUCAGUGGACAUUUUCACAAUUCUGGCCGCUUGGACUUCACAGUAACCAGUUAAAACUGUGGAAUAUCACUUCUGGUUGAAAACCCAGAGGAAAGGCCCUGCUGUUUUCCACCUACCACGUUGUCUGAUUUCAUAAAAGGGCUGUGGGGGUGGGAAGGGCAGUGGGUUCGGUGGUGUGGGAAAGAAAGACGAAUGGCAGGCUUCUCCCCCAGAUUCUGCCCGGGUCCACACACCCUGGCCCACCUUUUCCAUAUCCCCCUCUUGCAGCAGAAGCCAGGAAGACUUGGACAAGCAACAAGCAACAGUGGCUAUCGUAUUUAUUCAGUGUCUUCGCUGAGCCACAGCCUCAGCACAAUCAAGAGGGACUUUCAUGAAAGGCAGGAAUGCGGAUAAAACAAAGAUAUCAGAAAUGUGCACCUAUGUUUCUAGGUACAAGAGAAGGAUUAUUUCCAACAAUCUUUGCAAAAAAAAAAAAAAAAGUGUCAGGAUAUAUUCUUGUGGAAGAGAAAAAGAAAGAGAAAUGGAGGGUGGGGGGAACAAUAAAAAGUUCUUGAGGCUUUUUUAAUUCAAAAUUUUAUAGAGGGGCAAAAGUGACGUUUACCAGAUAGAAUGCUGAUUUUUUUAAUAUAUUUACAACAGUAUUUGUGUAAAAAAAAAACAAAAAAAGUGAAAUUGUUAAAAGUAAUUUUUUUUCAUUUUGGUUUUGCAUACACUGCCACCAAUUCCUUCUCUUUUAUUUUAUUUCACACACAUAUAUAUAUUUUUUGGUAAGUCAAGACUGUUAAGGUUAGCGAUACUGCUUCCAGAUAGAAAGAAUAAAAGGCAACUAUAGUUAUAUUUGAAAGAGAGGAAGGAUAUUUUCUUCAUAUUUUUUUUAAUUUUUCUUAAUUUUUAUUAUUUUAAGUAUUGCCUGGGUUGAUGAGGGCCUCUGUGGCCAGCCCAUCCCUGCUGUAAUUUGAAUUGCUGCUUUGUAUUUUGAUAUGUAGUUCUUUGACUUUAGCAAGCUUAAGUUGCCCCACUGAAUAAUUUUUUUCAACUGAUCCAUCUAGAAUUCUGUUCUUUUUCAUGGAAGAGACUUUAUCUUUCAGAGAUUGCUUGCUUCUCCAAAAUUUCAUUGAGAUCUUACAAUUCUAGAAUUUCUAUUGACUCUACUUUUUUUCUUGGUGAAACACUAGUAGUCUAGAAGUCUUGAUAAAUGGGGUCUUUUCUUUUGUGAUCAGCCAGGAAGAGGAGUUCAUAAAACUCUGCCAUAGCUCCUCACCCUUCCCAACUGCAAAGAGCAUCAUUAUGAGAAGCCUGUUACAGAUCAAGAUGCAUUGAUGCCAAAAUUACUUUUUUCCUUUCAAGUAUCACCUUCUGACUAUUUCCACCAUGGUUAAGAGGGCUAAAUAAGAUGAUCAUUCUUUAGAUGACUAAUUAAUGCUUGCUUCCUAGAGAGGUUUUAGGGAAAUUAAAAAAUUCCCAGAUGCCAACAUCCACUAUUCAAAAGACCACCAAUCUAUUGCAUCAUACCAGAUGCCACUCUCUCUUCCUAGUUGGGAUUUCUCUCCUCGGUCCUGAUCAAGGUAUUAUAAUAGAGAUAUUUUCAUUAUAGACAGUGUCCUGAAGGGAUUCCAGCUCAAAUAUAGGAUUUCUUAAACCUAGCUAAAACUCCCAAAGUGAUUUCAUUGCUGGGCAUAUUUUAACACACUUAGGGGAAAGCAAACCUUUAAACAAAGCAAAACACCAAACUACAGUUUUAAAAAGAAGAAAGGAGAGAGUAUUUUAGUUUCAAAAUUACAUUACAUUUUAAUUUAAUUUUCCUUCUAAUUUUCCUGUCAGCAUUUUAUUUACAAAAACUGUGCAGCAAACGAGGGAAAAUCUUCCAACACAAACAACUCUGUAAUGACUAAAUUGGUUUUAUUCAUAUAUUUCAGACAUUUGGUUAACUUGGAUCUUUUUCAUAAGUUCUUUGUGACGCUUAGUAAGGUUAGUGUAACUGAAGUGUUUGUGAGUUUGAUUUGGUCCCACAGUGCUUAAUUCAGUGGAUAUUUUGCUAGAAGUUUUAAUGUACACUUGGGUGGUUAACUGACUAUUGAGUAUAACCUAUUGUGAUUUUUAAGAGGAGUCCUACCAAGAACUGUGUGUCCAAAACUGACCUGUUUUAACAGCUAGUGAGGAACAGCUUCCAAAAUAAAGUAAGUUCAUUUUUCUAUUGCUAAUUUUGCUUUUUAAAAUAUCAGUGUUGUAAAACUAAUAUUUCCACUUACCACCAAUAGAGGGAGCAUUAGUUAAUUAACUAUGUCAUGGAAUUGUUUUGGUAUUUUGGAAAACAAGUGAUUCCACCCAUAAAAUAAAAAGAGAAGAUUGACCUUAAGAAAAAAACUCUUAAAGCUAGAAGAUAAUGACAUGAAAUCACUCAAUACAUGUUACAAAGGAAAGAAGGCCAAAAACCACUUUGAAAUAUGUUUAACUGUUUAACAGUAGUAGACUUGAAAGUGUCUUUGUUCAAAUUUAGCAAAGUAGGAAGAAUUUUCACUAAUACCUCCUGAAAAGUUGAUCUUAGGUGCCAUUAUGGGCCACAUGUAGCUUUCUGUUUCUCAAAUCUGAGAUAGACCCAUUUGCCUUAAUGCUGAUUUGCCAUGUAAAAUGCUAAGCAAUUGGGUUAGAAUCCACCUUUUCUUUUGGUAGAACAUGUAGAGAAAAAGCUGCAGGUGACUUGAAACCCUGAGGAGUCUUAUCAUCCUUUCCCUGUAAAGGAAGUGUCUCUUUAAAAAAAGUGGAGGGGAGAGGGGGUGGAGGAUCCCUAAAGAAUUCUUAAUGAGGUGAUAUAAUCAUUGUAGUCCAUGACAAAAUGGACUAGCCAGGUUCGCAUAGCAGUAGACAUAUUUCUACUGUAUGUUUAUCCUUCCCAAACAUGUCACAUUCUAAAAUAGUUGACAAAUUAUUUUGUGGAAAGAGGAAGAAGCUGGAUUAGAGUGGCAGAUCUAAUCUGGAGGAGCAAAGAGGUAGUUGUUUAUUGCUAUGUUCCUGGCCCAUCAAAUGGCCACUUUCCAAACUGACGUUUUAGGAAAUAAACCAAUCUGGACCUGUUUCAAAAGGAUGGAGAUGCUUUUAGAUUGUCGGUUCUCACUUUUAAAUUAAACAAUCACAAAUAUCUUUAGAAAUAGGGAAAGACAUUUGCUUCAAAAUGAGAGAAUGAGUGUGGAUAUUUUUAAUUUUUUUGUUUCAAGUCCUACAGUCAUCUUACAUUUGGAACUUCAUGGUAGGGUGAUAUCAGUGCAAAAAAAAAAAUUCUUUCUAGUAGCCAGGAAACAGAUAGAUAAGAUAAAAGCAAAUGUUCCAGAUUUAAGACUUCUUAGGAUGAGUACAAGGAAGAAGAACUAGUAUGGAAAGGACACUUUUUAGCAAUUUAUAAUUUUAUAAUGGAAUUUGCCAAACAAGGGAAAGGAAAAAAAGUGAAAGGGGAAUUUUUAUCUCAAGAUAUUUAGAUAUGGUUAUAAAAAAUAAUAUUUUCUAGCACUAAAAACAUUGGUAUUAUCUCAGCAUCAUGGGCAAUUUUUCCUUAUUAAAUGCCAACAUUUGUACAAAAAAGGCCCCCAAAUGUGUGAAAUAUGAUCCUGAAAAAGAAAAUAAUUAGAAUACAUGGAUCUGAUAGAACUCUACACAGGGGGAAAAACUGAGAAACAAGCUAAGCAAAAAAAAAAAAAAAAAAAAAAAAAAAAUCUGAAAUGAAAAUCUCUGUAUCAAAAUGGUUUCCUGUAUAUUUUAAUUGAGUGGUAAACUUUAGCUCCCAAUAACAGUCUUAAAGACUAUAAACUGUUCUCUUCCCAAAUUCCUAAUGCUUUGAAUCUAUUUGUGCCAUGAUUAAGUGUGCUGGAUAGUUUCCUGCUCAUAUUCUAGCCGCAAUUCAUUCCUAGUCAUCUUAGAGAUCACAGUAGCUCUUAGCCUUAGAAAGACUUGGGUUUGCUGUAUUUAAAAGUCAUAAGGGUUUUAUUUUGCAUCACCAAAAUAUUCUGUAAGUUCCAAAAAUACUCUUUUUCAACCCAUGAACAGUAAGAAUUUGUGAAUUCUGCAAAUGAAAAGAGAAAAUUUUCCUCCAGGUAUGUUUGUUUCAUAUUCAGUCCUAAAGCCUUGAGCUAUAUGUACUUCCCUCGCACAAGCACACCAGCUGUCUGUGCUCUGCCCAUGCCCAAAACUCAAUGUUUUCUCUCAGCACAGAAGUCAGAAAUGCCGUAUGCCCCUUAUAAAACCCCUUCGAUUCCUGAGAAAACAUAGUAAAAGCUUAUGUCGCUUCCUUGUUGGGGCUCCUCCAUAAUGCUCCAACACCUGUGACCCCUAGGAAAACAGGGAGCAAGGUAGAUCUGGCCAGGAGUCACAGGAUAUACACCCAUUCUAGAGCUUUCCUCUGUUGUUCUAGAAGAUGUUAUUUGGUUAGUUGGGGCUGGGAGCAGGGGAUACAUGUUUCUGCAGAAAAGGUAUCAGAUAAUCAAAUCAGGUCUGCCUCUGCUAUAGCCAGUGUGCUGCUGCAUCAAAAGGGAACAAAAGGAAGGUGCACCUAAGAGCAGACACAACCCAAGAUGCCCUUGAGAUUUAGGAGAACAGGAGGGUGCCCUUUCUGUUGUGACCUGACUCUUAAAAGAAAUCUUCUAAAAGAAUUCUUUAAUUUGGUAAUGAGUUGAAGUCCAGGGUAAUGGAAGCUCUAGGGCAGAGAACAAAAGAAUUGCAAAAUGUAUUCAGCACCAAACAAUGCUAAACCAAGAAACAUCCAAUCACAAAACUAGGAAGUUUGGCAAGAAGUGGUUAGAGAAAUCUCUGGGCUUUUCCAUGGGUAGGGUCGACAGACUCUCUUUUGAGUGAUUUCUGGCUCUGAGAAACCUCUUUACUCACUGGAAAAGAACUUUAUUUAAAUGGCCAAUUUUGUUCCUCAGAAAAAGAAAUUAAAAAAAAAAAUAGGACACUGAAGACAGAACCAUGUGACUUGGUGACAAACAAAAGGAAGGGUGCACUAGAAUUUCAAUAGGCUCCCUAAUUCCAUAGAAAAAGCAAAGAACCCAAUGCCUCCUGAGCCUGCAGUGCAUGAAGAGAGUGCUUGAGCUGACCCAGCCACCAGGCUUUCUGGGGCUAGACAUAACUUCCUACUGGAGCAGCAGCAGCCUCUUUCCCCUCUUUGUGUUUUCAUGAAGAAAAUGGCUGUUCUCUUAGGUACCCAGGAAACAGAUUACAUGGGGCAAACUUUCAAAAGCAAUCUCUACCUUGGUACUCAGGCUACAUAUAGAGGCAGAAAAGGGGCAUGGAAGAGCCCUUGCUCUUGAGAGAGAAUAUUUUCAUAUUCCCAAGGGCUUUCUGUGUAGAGUUUCUAUUUCUGAUAUCACUUAAACCUUUAUAAGAGAAAAGGCUGUGGUGACUCAGUGUUCCUGUAAACUCAGAAUGUGGAAAUUACUAAUCCAAAGCAUCAUUUCUAGCACUGAGUAUCAAGAUGAUCUAGCCUGACCAAAAUAUUCCAAAGACUUUUUUAAGUCUCUGAAGAUUUUUUUUUUGUCCUUUAACACUGAGUCUAUAGCAGUUAGCAGUGUACCUUAGCAGAUCCCCAGGAAUGGUUCUAGAAUAGUAGGGUUUGUUUCCAUCCUUUUUAGAGUGAAGAGGUAGAAAAUUAGGGCUACGUAGUGUGGGUUCUUUUUCAGAACUAUGUGUUUUCUCCUCACUGCAUGAGGGGUAAAAAUGCCGUGGGUUGAAACAAGAAACAUCAUCUUUUUACACCACUGACUAAAACACCUGCCAUUCCAGUGGUUUCUUCAGGCCCCACCUUUUGCUCCAUAAACUGUAGACUUUCAGACUGAAAUCUAAUCUUAAGUGACCUCAAUUAAGGUAUUUUCACAAGAGGCUACUUAUAGUAUAGCAUUAUUGCCUUAAAUCAGAAAGCCCUGGGAAGAGGACAAGAGAUACAGAAAUGAGAAAGCUCUGAAGUUAUAGGCAUUUCUUGCUGUUUAAUAGUUACAGUAUCACAAAAAUAAGCCCUAUUCGUGAUGGAGGACUAUGGAAAUAGUGACUUCUUGGGGAGGCACCAAACUUCUCUAGAACUGACUACUCUCAGAUAGUGGCUGCUAUUUCCUAUUCUAUUUCAGUGACAUAGGUCAGGGCUGAAUGUAAAAUGGACAUCAUAGUACUAAAUAGAAUCCUAGAAAAUGCAAUCACAGGUGCCUGGGAGUACUAGGUUUAUAAACAUUUCCUUAACACGGAGAACAAUCCCAGCAAAACGCUUUCUUUAUCUAUAGCAUAUAUCUCUAAACUUUUUUUUCCCUCAGUUUUAGAGAGCAUCUCUUUUAUCUGGUGGUUCUUUGUUUAAAUGCAAACUCGUAACUUUCAAGUCUUCGGUGCAAGAGCAUAAUCUGCAGAUCAUAGGCAAAAAUCUAGCCACAGUCCUGAGAGUCCCAGCUUCUGGGAUGCCCAAUGAGGGUAUAAAAGUCCCUACUAACCCUCUUUCAAAUUCAGAGGUUUCUUUGGUUUAGAAUGCCUCAAUGAGAUUUUGAUACCUCCAAGAG